AUGCAUGUCAAUACAAAGGAUAAAUCCUCACAUCAGAAAGACAUUGAAAAUUUAACUAAAAUAAAAGGAAAUAAUACAUGUGCUGAUUGUGGAGCAAAAUGUCCAAGAUGGGCUAGUAUAAAUUUGGGAAUAAUAAUAUGUAUAGAAUGCUCAGGAAUACAUAGAAAUUUAGGAGUCCAUAUUUCUAAAAUAAAAUCAUUAACAUUGGAUAAAAUUAUGCCACAAUGGAUACAUUGCAUAAAAGCUAUAGGAAAUGACUUAUCAAAUGCAUAUUACUUGUAUAAUUUACCGCCUGAUGCAUAUAGGCCUAAACAAGGAGACUCUUCUGCGGUUAUGCAAGAUUGGAUCAAAAAUAAAUAUGAGAAAAAGCUAUAUGCCCCUUCUAAUAGGAAAGAGCCAAGUCAAUAUUAUAUAGAAGGUAUUGAUCCAAGAAACAGUAUUAUGGUACCUGCACUGCCGAAUACUGAAAUGAGCAAAGGAAAUGAUGCUUCUAAGCACCGAGUAAAUGAACCAUCAAAUUUAAAAAAUGAACCGAAUUCUGUAAAAAAAAAAUAUAUCUCUGAGUCUAGCGACAUGUUUGAUUCCCUACGAAUUGUGGACCACUUUAAAUCGGGAACCGCAUUCGAAAAUAAAAAGAAUAAUGAUUAUGCAAAAAAAAAUGAUGAUUUUAUGGAUUUUAGUAAGGACCUAAUUUAUAAAGCUCAACCAAAUAAUAAUAUUAUGUACUCCUUUGAUAAUUUAGAUUAUAACGAAAUAGGAAUAGAUUAUAAGAAAAAUAAUACCAAUAAUAAUAGUGGCAAUAAUAAUGGAAAUAAUAGUGUCAAUAAUAGUGGCAAUAAUAGUGGUGGUAACUUUCGAAACUCUUAUUCGUUUAAUGAUUUCUCAAAUGUUAAUAAUGAGUUUUUUGAGAUGGCUCAUGAAAAAAAUUCCAAUACUUCAAAUAUACAAAAAACAGAGAAUUUAAAAAAUAAAAAUGGCUACACAAAUUAUUCAAAUAAUAAUCAAGUUAAUAAUAAAAAUCUUAAUAAUAGCAAUAUAGAGAUAAAUAUUCCCAAUUAUAGUUUUAACUACAAUUAUGAUUAUAAUAACAACCAUAGCAAUCAAAAUGUGAAUGUAAAAAGUUAUAGUAAUACAGAAGAAAUUAUCAACAGUAAUGAAAAAAACAAUUUUCAGAAAUUUAGUGGAAAUAAAAAUUUUAGUAAUCAUAGUUCACUUUCAGAAAAGGAAUUAAGGAAUGCAAAAGUCCAGGCUGCAAAAAAAUGUAUUGCUAGACUUUUUGCUAAUUCAAAACAUAAUUCACAUUCCAAAAAAAAAACAAAUACAAAUUUUAAUAGCUAUUUUACAAGCGAUAAUAAUAGUAAUAAUAGCAAUUAUUCCUAUAUGAAUGAUAUACAUUCUGAAAAUGUAGACAGAUUAAAUUUGAAUAAAAUACCACAAACAAAUAUUAUAAAUACUAGUGCAGAUGACAAAUUUGGAAUUUUUGAAAAAAAUAGUUCCAUGAAAAAUCAAGAAAAUAAUAAUCAAAAUAUCGAUAUUUUUUAA